GGAAGUUUUCAGCUGUCAUAGCAACAGCAUUCUAAAGCCAAACCCUGAAUCUUCUCCCGAGUGUUGUGGGUAUAUCUUCACUCAGGUAGUAAAAAAUAUGUAAUGUAAGCCUUAGAAUAAGUUGUGGUUUUGUGUACACUCUAUUCCCACAGCCCUGAACUUUAGAGGUCCUUUAAAUAAGUUGUGGUUUGUGUACACUGAAAUAGUUAACAUAAUGUGUAGUUUAGUAUUGAGGAAUGAAGGGGGGGAGGUGUGAUUUACAAACAUGUAUUGCUGAAUCCUGCUAAUCUGAGUGUGCAUGACAGCCUGUGCAUUCCUAUCAUUCAUAGCCACCAGUAGAAGAGUUAUGAUCCAAAGAAAACCUCAUGACUGGCUGAGGAUGCAAGGAGUUGCAGUGGAGUAGGUCUUGCAUCAUACUCAGUGUGGCUUUGCUGGAUAGGAGGUUUGUUGGAAUUGCUAGGUAUUUCCUCACAUACAUAUGCAGUGACAUGUACAGACAAGCAAUCAUACAUGCACUCACAUACAAACAUGGACACACUCAUAGUCAAAUACACUCACACAGACACACACCAUCACUUACAGAAACAUAUACCUAGAAAUACAGUCUCAGAAAUACACAUAGAUGCAAACUGUCACUCAUAAUCAUAUGGACACAGCAACGUGCAGUCACAGGCGUACAGUCACACACACAAAAUCACAAAGAUACAGUCACACAUUCAGACACACACACAGUUGCAGACAGUCAUACACAUACAGUAUCACAUAGACACUGUCACAUACAGCCACAUGCACACAGUCCAACACAGACACACAGUUUCAUACACGCUAAGAGUCACACACUUAUAGUCACACAACCACACAGUAACACAUCCACCCAGAAGUAGGUGCAUAAUCCUCAAACUUCCUGCUAACCCGAAUGGGCACUGGUGGGGAAGAGCUGAGGCAUGGCAGUCCCUGGUGUCUGGUGGUUGGAGAAGCAGGACUCCUUUCUACUUCCACCUCAAUAUGCAUUUAACAGGUUGCAGGUGUCGGUGGUAUGUAACUCCUUCCCCGCUGCCAGUAUCAGUGACACAGCUUCCUCCCUGAUAGACCCGGGUAGAGGAUAAUGAAAUCGACCAGCUGUGUCAUGUGCUGCCAUACUACAAAGAGUGACAGGUGGGACAGGCCUGCACACCUCUCCUGCUUGUCACCUGCUGGGGCAUUCCUGAUGCUGCCGUGGUCCACGCCUCUCUUCCUGGGUUGGGAGCCCUAAAGGGAUUUAACUCUAGAUGCUGUCCACAUCCUUAGGGAGCUCUCAUUGAAAGAGGAAUCCCUCUGGGCUCCUGGAGUACAAGGGCCAAUAUACAUUGUGUCAUGGCUCCUGCUAUGGCUUGGGGCUGGAAAUGGGGAUACUGGAAAAUUUAUAGCACCUCCAUCAUCGCAUUCGGCCAAAUUUCUCCUGGACUUAACACCAAUAGUGACGCAAUAGGCCAACUCUGCAAGAUUAUAGGCUUGGGAUAAUCCAGUUUGCUAUAGAUCCUGAUUCUCCAUUAGUUUUUACUUUAAUUUCUCAUCUUUAAAGUAUGUUUUAUUCUUUCACGUUUUUCUGGCAUUGCCUGUCUGACCGUUCCCGUCACCUACCUGGUUGUUCUAAUAUAAUAUAUUAAUCGGGUGCAUAUAUAUAAUAUUAGAUUUUGAUAGAUUUUUUUUGUUCCAUUGCUGUGGAUGUAUAAUUUGACCUUAUUUUAUAUCUAAAAAAUGGAUGCUGUAUGUUGCAUAUGUUCUUUUUAUAUGUAACUUAUGUUUAUCAUAAACAUAUUAUAUGCAUAUACCUUCAUAAUGCUCACAAAAAAAAACUAAAAAACAAACAAAAAAAACCCGAAUUUUUCAUAACUUAAAAAAACAAAAAUAAAUGCUAAUACUUACCUCCAUUCCAGUCCAAAACGAUGUUCUCCCUGAAGCCCAAUUCCCUUCGACUGAUGCUACUCCCCCUCGCUGGAGAGGGAAGACAAGCAGAGUGAAGGACAGAGGCAGCAGAGGGAGGAAAGGGGGGUACUGUGUCUGUGACGCCAUUAGCCAUCAGAUGCCUGUGUGCUAGUCUCAGAUGCCAAUUUUGCUGAGAAUUUUGUUCCUGCUUCACUAAUGCCAUUGCUGGAGUUACACCUCCAGCUACUAAGGGGUUAAUUUCUGUAUAUGCAGAGUUUCAAAAAAAAAAAAUACUGCACAUACAGACUACUGGUGCUUGGACUUGGAGUAACCCUUUAACCCCUUAAGGACCAAACUUCUGGAAUAAAAAGGGAUCAUGACAUGUCACACAUGUCAUGUGUCCUUAAGGGGUUAAAGAACAACUCUUAAAAGAGUCGUGUAUGCUGUUAGCAUACUAAUAUCCUUUGUCAAAUGUUGGCAAUAUGUUUUAUCCUUAUUUUCAAAAUGUAUAACGUUUUCAUUUUACUGCUGUGUAAAUGUAACAAUUCACGAACUACACUUGUUUGUUGCGAAAGCAGAAUAUUAAUAGGCUUCCUCUGGUGUAUAACCUCCGUGAUUGUGGAGAGAUGACCCUAAGCAGUUUAUCAUUGUAACUAAGCCUGAAAGGGAGGUCCAUGAACCUUCGCAACAAACCUUACAAGAACCUUCUCUCCUAGUCUUUUCUAAUUUAGCUCCUAUAAAGCAGGGCUAUACUGCACAUAUUCUGCAGUGUAAUGUGAAAUAUAUAGGCACCGGAUGGAACGAUGUAAAAAUAUAGUACUUACAAUAUCAUACACUCUAAUAAAAGGUCACAAUGUUUCUUAAUACUUGUCUGUUAAAGCCGCAGGGGAUGGUAGGAUAGAGGCCAUGCCGGAGAAAAAGAACAAAAAGAAAGGGAAAGAAAGUAAAGAGGUGAACACAGCUGUCCUGAAGAGGUUUCUGAAGACAUAUGAGAAUCAUUGUUCAGGGGCCCAGUCCCUGGCCAGUCCUACCAUCACACGAGCCCUCAAAAAAUGCAUUCAAACAGAGACGCGCUAUGUAAAGGUAUUUCUGUUGUUUUUUUAUGGUAUCAUUAUAGGAAUGCUGCAGAUAAAAAGGAGACUAAUGCGCGAUCUCCAGGCUAAAAAAAACAAUCAAAACAAUUAAAACCUUUUUUAGCUAGUAGGCAGUAGGGACUAGAGAGAAUGGAAUUGAUGACUUUCUUGAGUAUUCUUUUUACACUUACAAAUAUGUUUUAAUAUCUCUAUUCACCAUAUGAAGUCAAGCACUAUGAAGGUUUACAAUGUCAUAUCACAAAAUGUUUGUCUUUUAUUUAUCUUCAUCCUCUGUCUAUAUCCCACUAAAGCAGUGGUUCCCAACCCAGUCCUAGAUUUAGGGAUUACCCAGUUGUGUAUAAGGUGUUUUUUAAAAAAGUAAAAAAAAAACACUUUAGACACAACAGGGUUAAUCCCUAAAUCCUGGACUGGUAGUCGGUACUUGAGGACUGGGUUGGGAACCCCUGCACUAAAGAAUAGCAAAUCAUAUAGACUACCAGCUUUGCAAAGCUCUAACUGUGGUGAAGAUCCGACUGCGAGAAUAAUACAUGUGCAUAUCUACAGAUCAUCCUGUCAUGCCUAGAAAAUCCACCAGAGGACACCCCUCCAGUCCUUCUGCAGCCCCUGCUGAUGACAAUAAGGGAUGAACGGUAUAUGUUGGGAACUGAGUUCCAUAUCUGGGGGAUCCCUCUCAGUAACCAGGACGUUGCCAGUCUUGUAAGUAUGCAGUUCUAAAAGAAAGAUAUAGAAUAUAAUCAAGAUCCUAAUAAACCAGGACAUAGUCACAUUAUACAAAUCAGAUUUUUCUUUGUUUGUACUGUAGAUCGUAAAAGCAUAACAAGAUUAAUAGACCGUAGUUAAAGUUUACAUGGUCAGAAUGUUGGCCGCAUCAAGCCUUUUAAGUCUUUCUUGGAUUUGAUUUGCCCCCAGGCGAUCUUGCUGGAGUUGAAUGGAAGAACAUGUUAUCCAUUUUGCAAACUGGACGCUAUAGAUUGCAGCAUUGAUGUGUGGUCAUCACAACGUCUGGGAAGAGCAAUCAAAUACAGCCAAUUAACGUCUAUUUCUUUGGAUUACAAUGAGUAAAACUUUGGCAAAUAUAUGCAGUAUUAUUGUCAAAAUUAAUGACUCUUGCAAUUUCAAUCAUGCAUUUAUCAUAGUACGCGGAUAUCAAGCACAAUCUUGGGAGGGACACUGAGAGAUUAUUUAAUUGCAGUGCAACAUAAUUAAAACAAAUACACUCUUAGGGUUAGGCCAUGAAUUUUGAAUUCUAGCAUAUCAAAAUCUGAAUUAACAAAAAAAUGAAGGCAAACAUACCUGGCAGGUCCUCUGGUCGCAUGGCGCUCUGAUACAGUGGACCGCCAUUUUCCUCGUCUCUGCAUGCUUCUCUGGUCUCUCUGACGCCAACUGCUGUGCCCACACCCCUUUAAUGAUGUGGCACACGCACCGGCACCAUGACGUCACUGACGCCAAUGCUCACAAUUUUCACCUCCCCAUCAUGUCUUUGGGGCGUGUUUACUGCAAUACCACCCCAGCCUAUAAAAGUGAAAAUGUCUAAUUGCACAGUGCCCUGUUGUGGACUCUCUUUGACCCAAUAGCCGAUUAUACUGUUUUGAUUUAUCUUUGUUACUGGCCUGGCUCCCAUUUGACAAUUCUGUACUCUGGUAUCCUUGACCUGGAUUUGUCUAACAGUUUAUCUGAUUUCUGGCGUCCCUUGAUUCUGGCUAGUAUUGACUUUUCUGUCAUUCUGUUCUAUGUGAAGCCCGGCCACCUCAAAGGACCAGUAACGCACCUAUUUACAAGGUCACACUUUGCAUGUUGGGAUUUAUAUACAAAUCUGUGGCAUCCAACUUUUUCCAGCAGAAACACUGCAACAAAUGAGGAGGUACAUACAAAUUAAAGGCAGGCCCCUAUCGGGAAGCUCAUGGGUGCACUUGCCUUGGUGCUCUGUCCUGAUUGAAUCUAUCAAAGAGCACAUUUCUACUGUAUUUUUGUGUAAAGUUAAUAUUGACGGCAUAGGAAGGAACUAGAACAGUCUUGCUAUGGUAGACCCCUUUAGCUACUGAUUGUAAGUAUCGAUUUAAGUUCUAAUUCCAUAUAAUGUCUGAUGCAAUUGUCCAUCUGAGAUAUUUCCUACAAAAUCUAGGUACAUUUUGUUUGCCUCAUUUUCCCAAUCAAUAUUAUAUCCAACAUUUAUUAUAAGCCAGCAAAUGAUAGAUCCAGUUGAGCCAGGAUAUAAUUAGGCAGUCCCUUAAUUUAGUGAUUUCAAGUGAGUCAUUUGGUUGGAUUGUAAGCAUAGUGCUAAUGGUGUCCAUAUUUGUGUGCAAUGUGGGACAUUGUAAAUGAUGUAUCAGCUAAUGUGUACACUCUCAGAAACUGUAUCUGGAAAUUUUUGGUCUGUGCAAAUGCACAAUUGGUCCAUGCUUUACUACACACUAUCCACACAUGAAAUAUGUGAAUACUGCACAGGCAAGGGCGCUGGUGUGAUUGUCUGGAAAUUGUGUACCUAAUGCUGUGGUUCCCAACCCAGUCCUUGAGUGUCUAAGGUGUUUUUAGAAAAAAAAAAAAAACACUUUUGACACAACAGGGUAAUUCCUAAAUCCUGGACUGCUAGGGGGUCUUGAGGACUGGGUUGGGAACCCCUGAUCUAAUGGAUAAGCUUAACCCCUUAAGGACCAAACUUCUGGAAUAAAAGGGAAUCAUGACAUGUUACACAUGUCAUGUGUCCUUAAGGGGUUAAAGGGAAGCUAAAGUCACCAAAACACAUUUAUCUUAAUGAAGCAGUUUCAGUGUAUAGAUCAUGCCUCUGAAGUUUCACUGCUCAAUUCUCUGCCAUUUAGGAGUUAUUAUGCAUCUCUAGCCACACCUCCCUUGGCUGUAACUGACACAGUCUGCAUGAAAAAAAUUGGUUUCACUUUCAAUCAGAUGUAACUCACUUUAAAAGUUUAUAUCUCCUGUUCUGUAAAUUGAACUUUCAUUACAUAGAGGAGGCUCCUGCAAGGUCUAGCAAGCUAUAAGCAGAGCAAGAGAUAAACAAUUCUAAAUUAAACAGUAUUUGCAAUAAAGGAAGUAUAAAAAUUAGAUGGCUCUUUACAGGAAGUGUUAGAAAGGCUGUGUAAGUCACGUGAAGGGAGGUGUGGCUAGGCUGCAUAAACAAAGGGAUUUAACUCCUAAAUGGCAGAUAACUGAGCAAUGAGACUGCAGGGGCAUGAUCUACACACCAAAACGGCUUGGCUAAAGUUGUUUUGAUGACUAUAGUGUCCCUUUAUUUGCUGAUCAAAGUGAACUAAUGGUACAGAAAUGUUUUGAGUUAUUACUUCUUGUAUGGUAGUUAUGGUACAACUUAUAGAACUUAAUAAGAGUUAUCACUGUUUAGUAAUUUUUAUAACAAUUUAUUUCAGCCCAUCCAGAAUAUUUUGUUGUGUUUUUUAGUUUGCACGAUGAAGGGGUCCAAGGCCUGGUUGAUGGGCUUGAAGGAAACAAGAAGGUGGUAUCUCUAAGUCUGUGUUACUGUAACUUAGGUCCUACCAGCGGGAAGCUGCUUGGCAAUGUGCUAGCAGAGACAGCUGUAAGGUAAUGCAUUUCUAUAAUAUUUACUUUGAGUGACUGUAUAUAUUUAUAUAUGGAAAGGAUGUUAAAGGGACACUAUAGUCACCAGAACAACUACAGCUUAUUGAAUUUGUUCUGGUGAGUAGAAUCAUUACCUUCAGGCUUUUUGCUGUAAACACGGUCUUUUCAGAGAAAAUGCAGUGUUUAAAUUACAGCCUAGUGAUAACCCCACUGGCCACUCCUCAGAUAGCUGUUACAGAUCCUUCCUGGGUCAUGGCUGCCUAAAAUGCAUCCAAACAUUCAGUGUCUCCUCCCUCUGCAUGCAGACACUGAACUUUCCUCAUAGAGAUUCAUUGAUUCAAUCCAUCUCUAUAAGGCGAUGCUGAUUGGCCAGGGCUGUGUUUGAAUCAUGCUGGCUCUGCCCCUGAUCUGCCUCUUUGUCAGUCUCAGCCAAUCCUAUGGAGAAGCAUUGUUAUUGGAUCAGGCUACCACUAAUGAUGAUGUUAACAGACUGCUUGUUUUUCUGAGUCUAACAGCAUGCAGAGUUACAACUUCAAGCUUGAAUACAGUAAGAUUUUACUAUAUUUAUGGAGGCAUGCGGGGCCCAGGGGGGCUAGAUGGUGGUUUUAACACUAUAGGGUUUGUUUUCCUGACCCUAUAGUGAUCCUUUAAUGCUGCAUAUCUGACACAUACAAUGAGGAAACAGCAUGACAAUGAUCAAUUAAAUUUGAAAACCCUGAUGUAUUCCAGUAUUUGUUUCCCUUUGGUAUAUUGCAAAAGAUUAAACAGAUCUCCUUCUCAAGCAGUUUCUUUAUCCGUUAGCUAUCUUCUAAUUGCUGGCAGUGAUGUAAGAUAACAUCAUUGCCUUCUCUUGCCCACAGUAUACGACAGGGGACACUUUGGAGACGUCUGUAGCCACGCAUGCCCAGUAAGCCACAGUGAUUAAAAUGGAAAUGGGCAUGCGCAGCGCUUGCAAAUCUUGCAAAUGACGAAGAAAAGGAUAGAGGUGAGUUUUGUAGGAAAGUUAGCUUGCCAAAGGAAGUGGAGCUUGCCUUAAGCUCCAUCCAUUUUUCACAAUUGUCAAGCGUAAAGACAAAAGACAAAGUAGUCUCUACUUUGUCCUAUGUUUUAAAGAGAAAUAGAUCAGAAGUGAAGAAAAGAAGAACAGAUUGGGAAAUAGGAAGAGAAGAGGAAACAAUCGGAGAAAGGUAAGUUUGAGGUGACAAGGCCACUUUAAAUAAGUAUAAGGAGCUCUAGAUUUAAUGCACUCAGUAUUGCAUUUCCUUUACCCAAGUGGUGUUGUAUACUGUACAUCCACAUCAGGAUAAACUUUUAUUAUUGUAGUGAACUGUACCUGGAUGGAAAUUACUUGGAAUGUUCUGGGGCUGUGGAUCUUAUUACAGUUAUUGCAGAGUAUGCCCAGAGCCAGGUUUCAGAGGAGAAAGUGGAUGCGGCCACUAAUCUGGCCCAUCAGAUCCUGGAAGGUAAGAUUUCUCUAUUUUUCUUAAACAAAAUAUCUUCGCAUGUCUAUGGGGACAAGGAAGUAAAAUGGUGUCAAUGCACUCUAUUUUGGCAAUCCCCCGGCAGCUUUGUCGAAGACACUGACAUUCCUUGUGCCAACAUACAAAGAGCAAAAGACCCAGCAGUGACCCUAAAAGUGACAGUUCUUUGUUCUGUCACUGCAAUAAUCACUGUAGCAGAGGGAAAAACCAGUGGAAUGUAGUAAAAGAAAAAUCAUAUACUGCAGAUGCACCCCCGCAUUACAGGAGACUUUCGCACCCCAUGAUGACUCAUGUUGUCCUCACGCUCACUCAGACAUCUACGCAGAAACACCAUGUGUGCACAUUCCAUCAACGGUGCCUUAAAUGCACAUGUGAAUGAAUAUAUUAAACUAAUUUAAAUUCCGUGCCCAGCACUGCAUGUAAAGUUAAUUUAAAUAAAAACUAGUGAGGUGUUUAAGAAAUAAACAGCACAACCUAUACCUAACGUAUAGUUAGUUGUGCAAAACUCUCAUUAGUAACAAUAUCUUUUGAACUGGAUUAUGCAUCCGAAUUCCGGGAGGGAUGUGAGUGCUCACUACUUACUAUAUAAGGCCCAUCAAUCUUCUGUUUGUCCUCAUGCCUCUAGACUUUAAUCUUGUUUGAGCAGGGUCCUCAUCUACCUAUUGUUCCUCUAACAUUUUGUAAUAGUCUCAUUUAUUGUUAAAUUUCGCUUUAUAAUAUUGUAAAGCGUUGCAGUAUAAGUUGGCUCUAUAUAAAUGUCAAUAAUAAUAAUUACAAUGCACUAACUUUGAUGGACCCAAGAUUCACAACCUAGCAGGGCCGCCACCAGAAAUUUUGGGGCCCCUAACUCAGCUCAGGGUCUGGGCCCCCUGGGGCCCGCCUCCAAAUACCGCCCACUGGGUCCGCCUCCAAAUACCGCCCACAGGAAUACACACACAGACACAAACACACACACACUGAUACAAAAAGACAGAGAUACAUACUAACAGACACACAUACUGAAACAGACAUACACGCAUACAGGCAUACAUACUGAGACAUACACACAGGCAUACAUAGUGACAGACAGACACAUACUAACAUACAUACAGACACACAUGCAUGAGGACAUAAAGACACAUACAUACAUACAGACACCGACAUACAUACACACACACAGACAUACUGACAGACAUACAGACACUGUCAUCCAUACACACAUACAGACAUAAACAGACAUACAUUCAUAAUGGCAUACAGACAUACAUACAUACAUUCAGACUGACAUACAUGCAUAUAUACAGACAUACUGACAGACAUACAUGCAUACAGACAUCCAUACACACAUACACACAGACAUACGUUCAUAAUGAUAUGCAGGCAUACAUUCAUACUGACAUACAGACAUACAUAUAUAUAUACAUAGACAUACAUACAGACAGACAUACAUGCAUACAGACAUACAUACAUCCAUAGACAUACAUGCAUGCAUACAUACAUACAGACAUACACAUACAUGCAUGCAUACAGUCAGACAGACAAACAUAGACAUACACGCAUACAUACAUACAUAGACAUACAUACAUAGACAUACAUGCAUACAGACAGACAGACAUACAGAGACAGACACACAUACACAGACAGACAUACAUACAUAUACAUGCAUGCCUACAGACAUACACAUACAUACAGACACACACAGACAUGCAUGCAGACAGACAGACACAGACAGACAUACAUGCAUACAGACAGACAUAGACAUACAUGCAUACAGACAUACAUGCAUACAGUCAGACAGACAAACAUAGACAUACACACAGACAUACAUACUUACAUGCAGACAGACAGACAUACAUACAGAGACAGACAUACAUACACACAUACAUACAUAGACAUACAUGCAUGCCUACAGACAGACAUACACAUACAUACAGACACACACAGGCAUGCAUGCAUGCAUACAGACAGACAUACAUAUACAUACAUACAUAGACAUACAUGCAUACAGACAGACAUACAUACACAGACAGACAGACAUACAUAGACAUACAUACACAGACAGACAUGCAUACACACACACAAAGCUCAUUUUCCAGCCAUCCUCCUGUCUCUUACCUUUUCUUUGCAGGAGGGUGGCUGGGGAUGAUGGGAGUCGGCGCGGCUCCCUCUUCACCGGCACGCGAGCUCCUCCCGCGCGGAGUGGGCUGGGAGGAAGUGACUACUUCCUCCCAGCAGCACUUGAGGCUUUUUUCUUUUUUUUAAAGGGGCCCGGUUGCGGCCACAGCGCUGAUCGGGCCACUGAAGAUAUAGGGCCCAUUGGGUGGCCCUAAGUGUGUGGGCCACCCGAUGGGCCCCACAUGUGGGGCCCGGGCGGCCGGGCCCCCCACGGCCGCCGGGCCUGUGACAACCGUUAUGGUUGUCACCCCCUGAUGGCGGCCCUGCAACCUAGAGUAACAUUGCGUAUUCUGGGAUUUGGAAGAAGCAGCUGCCCAUUGCAUUUUACCCCUCUUAUAGUUUAAGGAGUAUUUAGGAAGCAUUAUACUGAUUUUCUGUCCUGGAGAAAGUUUAACCUGAGAUAAACACUUACCAGUCCACGUUUAGUGCAUGUUUAACUACCUAACACACUUUGUGUAUAUAUAUAUCAAUAUGUUAUGUAUCACUGACUCUUUCUUUCUGAGCAGCAGAUCAAAGUGUUGGCAUUCACACAGCAGUCUCUGGACACUCUGCAAAUACAGCUCAACCUGAAAAUAAACUGGGAAAGAGCAUUGGAAAAAAGAAGGGCAAAAGAAAAGGUAAUCAAUGUAGAAUUAAUUUCAACAUAAUUUAAGAACCAUAGCCAGAGGCGUAACUAGAAACCACAGGCCGAAAAUUGCCCUGGGCCCCCCCCCCCAUACAUCUACCUCCUACCCCACACGUCCCGCUCCCCCCUACAUAUCAGUGAUGUAUUUAGUACCUGUGCUGCCCUAGGCAUGACGGAACUCGGGCACCCCCUAAUUUACAUUUGCCCCACCCCUUCCUGUCAAUGCCACACCUCUUCAUGUUAAACGACUAACACACAUUUUGACUGACAGACACACUCUCAGAUACACUGACAUACACACACUGAUUUUACACAAACAAUCACUGACUCACACACACAUACUGACAGGCAUACACAAUCACUCAGAAACACACACACACAUUCACUCAUAUACACAUACUCAGACAUAUACACACGUACACUCACAGACACACACAUACACAGACACACACAUACACUCAGACACACAUACACUUACAGACACACACACACUCACAGACACACACUGAGACACACAUACACUUACAGACACAUACACUUUCAGACACACACUCACAGACAAAUACAUACACACACAUUCAGACACACACAUACACUUACAGACACAUUCAGACACACACACAUUCAGACACACACAAAUUAUUAAUAUUAAAUGUCCACCCAGCCUUCCUACCUGGAGAGCUGGCAUGGAUCUGUCCCUGGGGUCCAGUGGGGCUUCAGUGCAGCGGGCGGCAGAGUUCCUGUCAGACGCGGCGAGGGAGCUGUGUUCUCUCUGCUCUGCUCCCUCGCUGGCUGUCUACUAAUGCCGGGAGCCAAAAUAUGACAUCAUAUUCCGGCUCCCGAGAAUCAGCAAACGGCGCGCGAGGGAGCAGAGCAGAGAGAACACAGCUUCCUCGCCGCGUCUGACAGGAACUCUGCCGCCCGCUGGGGGGUCCAUUGGGUGGCCAGCAGGCCACCUCUUGGGCCCCCCUAUGACAGGGGGAACACGCAGGAGGCGGCAUCUAGGCGGCCCACUGUAACAGGGGUCGUGGCUAUGGCCGAGCCCCCUGCAGUGAGGACCCCUGUGACCAUGUUAGGUACACCGCGGGACCAUAACCCAAUGAUUGCUGUUUUCAUCAUGUCUAGAACAGAGGAAGUGGGUACCAGUGAAUUAAUUUUACCAUCAAGUAAGUGCUUCUUAACAGUCUAGACUCCUGUACAAGCCUUAAGUUCUAGAAUACUUGUUUUGGUGAUAUAAAUCCUCUGGUUUCACUAGCUGUGCACCAGGUUCCACUGUUACCGGUAUCCUUCUUUGUGUUUCCCAUAUUUUUGGUGCUGUGCUUGAAUAUCAGGAUGUCUGUCUAUGAUUAAAGUGACCCUUUAGGCACCCAGGCCAUUUUAUCUUAAUGAAGUGGUUUGGGGUGCCAUGAAAGUAUUCCCUGCAAGUGAAAGCAUUGCUGUUCUGCAGGAAUGGUAAAUGUUUACAUUGUUGGUUUUAAAGGCCUCUAGUACCUGCUACCCUUACAACCACUAAAGGCACUUCUGAUAAAAUAGCUGAGUAAAACUCUGCAACUUUAAUCAGAUGGUCUCAUAGAGACUAGUGCACGUUAGUUUUGCUGCACAUGUGCCUUAGCCUCCCAUUUCUUUGUAUGGAAAAGCAUUGGGUUGGCUGAGAUCUUCAAUCUUGAUGAUCUCAGCCAAGGAGACAGUGCUUGCCUGCGGAGACUGAGAGGGCGAGGGCUGUAAGGUAAGUAAAACUCACACUUCCAACCCUCACACAGCAGGGGAAAAUUAAACCAGUAAACUAGAUACUGUAGUGUUCCUUUAAGAGGUGUUUUGUUUUGAAUUUUUUUUAUUUACUGUCUUUACUUCCACUGAUCAAGUUGAAUACUAAUAAAAAUUUUAAACAAAAAUAAUGAAAACUGUUUUAACCGAUGAUCUUCUUUGAUGCUAUUAGUUCAUAAAUCUAACAAUACUUACAUUUACAAUUUAAACCAAGAUAAAUAAGGAAUCCGUUUUCAAUUAUAUAACUGUCCAAUUGAUUAUUGAUUUCAAAUACUGUUUUUUUAAAUCUCUCAGAGUUCACAAUUAUCCUUUUUAACCUGUAAUUCCACUCUUAAAACAAAUAGCUAAUGGCGUUAUUCUCGAAACUACAGAUUGUUGUAAAUUAAAAUCUGAAUUGCUAAACUGAAGGAAUGCAAUAGUGUUAGGAAUACAAAUCUGUAUUCCUAACACUGAAGUACCCCUCUGCCUCCACAACCCCUCCCCACUAGCAAAUAAAUGGUUAAAAACCCUAUUUUCACUUAUCCGACUCCAGUGCCAAUGUCCAUCGCCAAUGGAUUGGGGACCUACUCGACCAAUGUCCAGGUGGUCUGGAAACCUAAUGCACAUUUUCAUUGAAGGAAUGAUUUCCUAUGGGGUUUUCAUGACGAUGGGGUGUUUCAAAGUGUGAGGACUUCCAGUGUUGUUUCUCCAUGAACCUUCUGGAAGCACCACCAGUGGCUGUGUGAUAGAUAGCCACUAGAGGCAAUCUUAACCCUGCGGUGUAAACAUUGCAGUUUCUCUAAAAUUGUGAUGUUUUGCAUUGCGGAGUUAAAGGGAAAGGGACACUGCACCCAGAUCACUUCAAUAAGCUGAAGUGGUCUGGGAGCCUAUAGUAUCCAUUUGAGGCCAAAACAGUCAAGCCAUGCCUAUAGAUAUAUUGGAUCAUUUUUUCGAAACAACUAAUUUGGCCUUAGUUUUGUCUGUGAGGUGAAGAAUUGAAAACAUACUGUGUCCUCCUGCAGUGCUCUAUACCCUUCCUUUUAAAUUCAGCUCUCUCAAAUCACAAUAAGGCUGUGAGUGUUACCAUGCUGUAUAUUUUCCUUUGUGCUUCAAGCUAUUCCUUCACAUACUAUGUCAGAUGUUGUCUUUGUACAUGUUCAUUGUUCAUGCAGUUUAUUGUAAUACUUUUUUUCGACUCUGUUCAUCUCAUUCCUUGUGUGUAUUGGAAUGUCUCUCCCGGGGCAGUUAAGGACAAGCAGCAAACAAAGGAUGUCAACAACAGAUUGUUCAUAACUUGUAAUAACUUCUAGGAAAGAAGAAGCAAAAAACUAUCUGUGUGCCAGGGCCAUGGGUGAGCAAGCUCCAUCUGGCUGAUAAUGGGAUUGAUUCAAGAGGAAAAGAAGGAGAAAUCCGAGUGCUUGAAUUUACCCAGUUACUGAGCUGGUGAGCGCUCGAUAAUCAUAGGAUUCUGUGUUACCCCUUGCAACAACGGGUGGGGGAUUCAUUGUAUGUACUGUAACAGACCAUGUCAAUACAUUCACCUUGUAAUUUGAUGAAUGUUACUCAGCUAGUUAUAUUUUGUAAGUAUAUCCCAUUAUAUCGUGUUUUUACCUAGAAUAUCCUUCUGGAUCCCAUUGUUCUUUGGUGUCUUUCUAUAGACUAUGUAUUUUAUACUGGCUGGACUUUUAACUGAAGUGUGAAUGGACUGUACUUACAGUGACCAUCAAGUCAUUGCCAAACGUUAGCUAUGUUUUUCUGCUUCUGUGCCACUUGUCCUUGUUGUAAGAAGAUAUCUGAUGGUUAUGUCGCAGUAGAACCUAGCACACACUAUUAUUAGGGCCUGCAGGACUGAUAGCUACCUUGUCGAAAGACAUAUAUCAGAGGUCUUUAAAUAGAAAUGGUGGCAUUUGUUUCAUAGUGUGACAUCACUCCCUACUGUAUUGUAUUUUUAGCAGAGUACUGGUGUAAGUUUCUAAAACUGUCAGGGGCCAUAGAUGUGUAAGUUCAAUCACAACUUAAUAUGUUGUACAGAAACCAUUAGCAGGGAAAGGAGGGCUAAGUAAAAAAAGGAAAGAUUAGCGUUAACUAAAUGAAUGGAUAUAAAGAAUGAGAGAUCUGUUGUGAUCUUCUAUAUUGUUUUCUUUAUUCCAGUCUUAUCCGCUACUCGGAGCAGCUCUCAGAACUCAACCUGGAUGACAACUGCUUGGGCCAACUAGCAGCCAAUGAUAUCCUGGAAGCACUGACCGAAAGGAAUACAAGUAUUUUAUUGUUAUUAACACAUUAGCAAGGCGAUCAAAUACCAGGGUGAUUGAUUGUAUUUAAAGUGAACCUGUUCUGACAGCGUAACUUUAAUGUCAAUCCUCCCCAAAUGCACUGACUACAUCAUGUAUCACAGAUAUACCUGUAUUCAAUGCAAAAUAUUCAAAUACUAACUCAGCUCAGCUGCCAUCUAGUGCAAUCAUGUUCUCACCUUCAUGGAUGUUUUUUGUUUUGUAAUACCCACCUCUGGUCCUCCUGUGCUCUGCCUUCACUCUCCUGUCAUUUGCUUUUCUUAGGUAGGGUUCCCCAAGUAGGGCAAAUCUCCUUUGUGACACUGGCUUCAUUGCCAGCAUUCCGUUAUCUGAUCAGAGUCUCUCCAUUCCUAUACUCCUUCCAGAGCUAGGCAACCUUCAACACUUCAAAUGUUGGGGACUACAUCUCCCAUAAUGCUUUUACAGUCAGAAUACUGGCAAAGCAUCAGGGUAGAUGUAGUCCACAAUAUCUGGAGUGCCAAGGUUAGCUGCCAUAGUCAGUGUUACCAACUAAGGGGUUACCAAAGAAACCACAGUGCAUGUGAUGUGUUUUCUGUGCUUGCAGAGCACAUGGACUGCCUGUGGGGGGUCUCUGCUCUCCCUUGUCUAUCAGUUCUUUUAACAGGUGGGAGAAUAUCACUUUGUUGGGUAAACCAUGAAUGCUAUUUUACAUGAGCACUUUUUAUUUAACACGUUAUAUCACUUUCAGCCACCUAGUCUGGUGUAGGGGCCAUAAAGAAAAAAAACCAGAACUUUUAGGGCAGGAAUGUUUUAUUUAGAAAAAGUAUUAGACUUGUGCAUGGCAGAAAUUUCCACCAUCUGUGCAAUUCACAGACACACUCCACUCUAUGCAGUUCAGAUACAUUCCAUACAGUACACACACAGUCCAUAAAGUACACAGACACACUCCAUGCAGUACACACACAGUCCAUAAAGUACACAUACACAUUCCAUAAAGUACACAGACACACUCCAUACAGUACACACACAAUCCAUAAAGUACACAGACAGACACCAUGCAGUACAGACACAAUCCAUACAGUACACAGACACACUCCAUGCAGUACUCACCCAGUCCAUAAAGUACACAAACACACAGUCCAUAAAGUACACAGACACACUCCAUGCAGUACACACACAGUCCAUAAAGUACACAAACACACAGUCCAUAAAGUACACAGACACACUCCAUGCAGUACACACACAGUCCAUAAAGUACACAAACACACAGUCCAUAAAGUACACAGACACACACCAUGCAGUAUACACCACACCAUGCAUUUCACAGACACCUCUUGCAGUUCAGACACACCACAUUUCAGAAAUUUGCAGGCAAAUUAAAUUAAUUUGAUAAAGUAUCAAUGUAACAAAUAGCUCCUACCACCCUUCUGAGCCAGGCAUCAAGCCCCAGCCCUCUUCCCUUUCUUCUGUCUCAAGCUAAAACACUGCACAUACAUUCUUCUACUACCCUGACCAUGUCGAACCGCCUUUAAUGAAACCAAAUUAGGGAGCUAUCAACUAAACGCAGCUUCCUAAUUUGGUAAUGGUACCCUUAAAUAUGGCAAUUCCGCAUUAGGGAAUCAAUUUGUGUCUGGGCUCCAUUCAGAGCAAUGGCUGCCUAGACUUCUCUACUCCUCCAUAGGCCUUGAUUUAAUACGCUUUUCAAAUGAUUCAAUACAGGCAGAUAAAAUUUCCAAAGGAUUUAUCUACAGAAGUCACAAUUAAAGUCUAUAAGAAUAGCUAAAUCAUUUGGAAAGCAUUUCUAGCAGUAAGAUAUAAUUUGGAAAGCUUAUUAAAUCGAGGCCACAGCAGGGAAGUUUUUAUGGAUAAACUUUAUUGGUGCAUUCCAACAACCAGGUCAGAUGUAAACAGAUUUAACACAUUACAGGGUAUAUGGUAGCUGCUAUAGCAUUUUGCAAAUCCUAUAUAUAUUGUGAAAUUGUACUUCCUAAAACAGGUAUGUUCUAUAAACAGGUAUUAUGGGAUAUAAACACAUGUGAGUAAAUGUAAAGGUUAAUAUUUAACAAAAACAAAAUAGAUUAUAAUCGUGAAUGCCAAUGUGGUUAGUAUUUCUUAACAAAUGACUAUGGCCCUGAUUUAAUAUUUUUGUAUAAGCUUUUCAAAUAAUUUCAUAUUUUUUGGAUACACUUUUCAAAUUAUUUCAUUUUUAAAAAUAUUUUAAUAUUUAUAUAUUGAUAUAUGUGAUAUAUGUUUUGAUAUUUUAAUAUUAAUAUUUUAUAUAUUUAAUUUAAUAUUGUAAAAAAAAAUAUUUUUUUUCAAAAUGUAUCCAAAAUUAAUAUAUGGAGGCUUAUAUAUGAAGAUAUCAAUAUUUUACUGAGUACAUCUGUUAUAUUUUCACCCUUCUUCUUUAGGAAAGCUUCCACGUUUGAAAAUUAGAGUAAUAGAACAAAUUCCUGCAGCCAUCUUCAAAGAAAUACUAAAACAAAGUGGGAAACUUAAAGUCUCAAAAAAGAAAAGGAAAAAAAAGGUAAUUAAAUAAUUAAACUUAAAAGGAAAUUAACAUUAUUCAUGUUUUUAACCCCUUAAGGACACAUGAUGGAAAUAUUCCGUCAUGAUUCCCUUUUAUUCCAGAAGUUGUGUCCUUAAUGGGUUAAUAAACCAAAAUAGGUUUACUGGACACUAUCCUAAAUCUCAAUGUACCCUUUUAAAUAAAAUAGGUUUUUACAGAAAUCUUAAAAAAGUUCGGUUUUAAAGUGACAUCUGUUUAAAAAUGAAACCUUACAUGGGAAUCAGUUGGUCGAGGUCAGUCACACAUGAGAACACGUCUUGGUUAGUAAAGUUGGGCCUGUAUUACUGGCUACAGUUGUAGUUUUUAAAGGUAGAGGUUGUAGUGUAUAGACAAAAAUAGACACAAAUGCCAUCAUUUUGCGAUCCCAUUCUGAGUAUUGCAAGACAGGUAAUCUACCAGGGGUAAAAAGCACUGGGACACAUCAGUUAUGAACCAAGGACCUUAGAUUUUGGGGUCUGUACUACGAGAUUUUCAGCCAUAGGCCCACUGCAGUUUUUCUGUAAGGGGCUCAGCUGUGUGCGCACCCCCUGCUAUUCCACUCCCUGAUUGUUACUGUUGUACCAUGGUUGAGUUGUCUGCAGUCAGUGCAGAACAUUUAUCCCUGUAUAGCCUCAACACUAACAUUCUGCGUGGGUAGUGGCAGUGUGGGAAAACACAAGAGGGUUUAUUAAAUUGAAUAAGAAAUGGGAGUAGAGAGAGAUAUGGAAAAGGGGAAGAGAGGGUUAUUAGAAAGGGAGAGAUAGUGAGAGACACUGAAAAAGAGAGAAGGAGGUUUUGAGGAAAGAACAGGGAGUAAAUGUGUAAGUGAUAUCCACUAGAGGUGUCCCUAGCUAGCAAUGUGAACACAGCCUUUGAGAAAAGACAGAAUGUAUACGGCUGCAGUUGGAGGGACAGUCUAUUUGCACCAGGAGCAACACAUUAAGCUGUAGUGGUUUUGGUGUUGAGAAUUACCUUAAACAGCAUUCAUUUAAUUUUUAGUGCUGAUGGCUGAUGGCAGCAACGCUUGAGAACUUUGAUCUGUGCAUGCUAAGUCAUCUUAUUUAAUGAGGAAUGCUGUAUUGUUCUGGCCUGGCAGGACUGGGGUCAUUGCAACCAGAACAGUUAAUUAAUGUUUGCUAUCUUGAUUCUGAACAAAUUAAGUUAAAGAGACACUCAUGGACAGACUCAAUUUUGUAGAUAAUGUAUUACAAAUAUGCAAAGAAUUAAAACAAAUAAUAGUCUGCUAAGAUUGCAGUUUGCAAGUCGCUCACAGUGUUAUUGAAUAAAGUGUGAAUUGUUGUGAAUUCAGGGUGAAAUGCUACGCCAAACUAACAGAAUUGAAAACAAAGUUCACUUAGAGGAUUCUUUCAUUUUCGCUAUCUUGGCAUAAAUAUUUAAAUUUACUUUGACGUCCUGACAAUUCAUACUGUAGAGGAUCUUUUUUCCGAAGCAACAAUUAAUUAGCUGAUAAUUAGCUAGCGAGUCUGUGCUCUCCUAUACAAACAUAUGCAAGUAGCACAGAGGAUGCACACGAAUGACAUGUAAGUUGUUGUGGUACUUGGUGUGUCCCUUUAAUAGUUUACAACUCCAGCUAAUUGUACAUUUCGUGUAGUCUGAUUUAGAUAUUAAUAAAUUGUUUUAUUUUUUUACAGAAACGCUGAUCUCAACAUGUUGCAUAAUGCUGAAAAUAUAUAUUUGCACAGAAAAACAUGUAAUCUACCCUGAGAAGUUGCACAAGUUAUUUGUCUAAUGCAAAUAUUCUUUCCUAAUUAAAUAUUAGGGGCUGUAAUUGUACCUUUAAGAAGGUAUACAUUUAAUCCAUACAUUGUGCUGUCAAAAUCAACAGCAAAUCUAUAGUUACAAAAUAUCCUCUUCCUCUACCUGGGUUAGUCUGUUUGUAGGUUGUGUUCUAGUGAUGUACCAGUGUAGUAAUUAAAGCCAAUAGUGGUGUUGGUAUAAAAGAUCUUGCUGGUUCUGUGUUUGAGCAGUUUGACACUUGUCUGGGUUCCUUGAGCAUCUCCAGUCCAACCGCUUCUUUAGAUAUGUCUAAAGUGAAAGUCCCUUAACCAACACUAUCAUCACUGUUACGAUGGAAUUCACGUAUCUCCAUCCAAAGACUUGCAGAAGUAAUCUCAGCUAUGUGGGAUUAGACAUUUGGAGGACCAAGGUAAGUGUCAAACUGUUUUAAAAUGGUUUGACUGACGGGCGAUAGCGGAACUAUGGUCAACCACCCGCAUACCAUCACAAACGAGCAUUGCCCAAAAAAUACAGAAUAGCAUACAAAUGGAUAGGGUCACAUUCCACCUCCACGACACACCCAAACACUUCCACAAUAUAUGGGACCCAUGGAUGGAAGGAGACAUCUCCCUACCCUGAUAAACACAAACACAACAAGCACUACAGCAAGCACCCCAAGUCCAACAAAACAGAGACGACCCAGCAAAAUACCUGCUAAAGAAUAUAUUCCCAACAUAGCUUUCCUCAGUCCUUAACAUCACAUUAUCCUGCCCUACCCAACGGUUGGGGCACCCUGCUGCGGCGAACUUCAACUACCCACCCAUCGACGCCCCUCCCCCUGAAACCUAUCUCUCCACCUACCCCCACCCCACCACUGCACAAGAUCGACAGAAAUCAGACCCUGACCAUCUGACGCACACACACCUCAAAGCACACGAAACCCCAUUGCGACAAAACACCAAGAGCCAACCAGCGAUCAGGCUAAGAGAUAACACUACACUGAAGGACACUAGACUCCUAUACCAGGAAUCUGACAAAGCCACCACAACAAUACUCCGUAUGACAGAGAUACGUAACAUAGAAAGACCAACAUGGCCUAACAAUCUACACUAUCUCUUGCCCAUGCAACUGUAAAGAAAACAGGGUUUCAAUGAUUUAGCUCUCGGUUUAGCCUUGAAAACUGUAGAACCCAGCCUCAAAAAUAUUGUUAUAUCUAUGUGUGUAGCAGAUGAUUAUAUGAGACUUGAAAAGGAGGAAAAAAAAAAAAAACGGUACAACUGUGCUUCACCUUUCUCCACCCAUUCUACUUUCUCUUCUGUAACCCACACCCCACAAACUGUAAAAUGUAAAACGAACCACAAAUAAAGAAUUUUAAAUUUUUUUUUAAAAAUGGUUUGACUGCUUACAGUGAGGCAGUGGCAGGAGAUUUAUGGCACCAUAGCCACUGAAGAACAAUUUAGUGGUUAUGGUGCUUAGGCUACCCUUUUUACGCAUUAUAAAUAUGUUAAUAUAAUAAUAUAUAUUCUUAAUGUAUAAUGCAUUAUAAUCAGAGUAAUUUUCACCAAAAUGUGUCCCUCAUGUUUCACAACAACAGUGCAGAAAACAAACCUUAUGCAAGUGUAACAUUUAAAAUGAUUAGAUUAGCUAGUGAUUUUAUUAGCAUUGUGAAUAUAUUCCAUUUUAAUACUUGCCCGAAAUUCACAUAUUUUAUGGAUGGCAGAUUCACUUUGCUAUGAGCAUAAUUCAAACAACUCAUUUCAAAUUAUUGAAUCUUUCAAAAAAGAAUAUCAAUACAAAAAAUGUGGUUGACAAAAAAAAAAAAAAAGAAUAAAAUGUAAAGUGUAUUGAUCUAUAAUAAUUUAACUUUAGUUUAGUUU